AUGUCCCGGAAAGCGAAAUAUCAGCAGGAGAGUUUCAGCUUCACCCCAAGCAGCACGAAUCUCUUCGUGCGCUACCUGUCGCGCGAGGUGGACGACGACCGUCUGCGCGCGAUCUUCUCCGCCUUCGGCAAUAUCACCUCGUCGAUGGUGAUGCGCGACAUCUACAGUGGCCAGAGCCUCGGCACGGCAUUUGUGCGCUACGAGAAGCACGAGGAGGCGCUGCGUGCGCUGCGUGACGCCCACGGGAUGCCGCUGCUCGGCAAGACUGUGUCUGUGCAGUGGGCGAAGCAGCAGCACGACGGCACGCCAGCUGGGCAGGAGCGGCUGAGGAUGAACAAGCUGUUCCUGCGCAACGUGCCGCUGGAGGUUACGGAGGAGGAUCUUGUCGAUCUUGUGAACUCCUACGGCUCCGUCCGGAAGGUGACGAUUCACAACGACACCGCGCCGUUCAUCGACGCAACGGAGCGCCGCCGCAUCGUCUUCAUCACCUUUGCCGAGCAAGGCGCUGCGGAGGCCGCGCUGCGUGCAGUGCACAACACCUGCGCCUUUCACCAGUGCCGCGGCAUCCCACUGAUGUGCAAGCUGUCAGAGGACUACACGAAUAGGGUACGAACCCCCCAGGCUGUGCCUGUACCACACUCUUGGCGGUACGGCGGUUACCAAAGGUCUCGAAGCAGCCCCUACUCGAAGACGAUGACGCCGCGUUCCGAGAAUUCCAUGUCUGUGGAAGUUGCGCACCGUGCGAAGAGGGAGGAUACAGCUGGGUACGUAGGUGGCGGCACACUAGGCGUGAUAGAGACGCCGCGCAGCGUUGACAGCGCAUCGUCAAGUCUUACACACCAGGGCUUUCACACACACAACUUGAUGGAGGGUUGGAACUUGUCGUGCACGCAGCGUAUGGGUGGGCCAGCAUGUGACUUCGUGGCGACCCCAAUGAGUACGUGGAGGGACUUCGCAGGACUGACAACCAUACACGCACGGGAUAGCGGCAUUACUGUCACGGUGCGCCACCGCUCUUCCGCAAGAGGCUCCCAAGGUAAGUAG